AUCGAACCAACACGAAGCUGGUGCACAUUCAGAAAAGUGACAACCAUUGCCGCGGAAGCAUCUUUCGCCGCCGUUGUUGUGUAAGGUUGAUGUCGCGGGGCUAUCAAUUUAGAUUAAUUUCGGUGAUAAUCAUUCCUGGUCAAGAAGUGCGGUGAUUGAUAUUGGACUCCUGGUUGAGACGUUGGCAUAAUAAAACCGGACUCAGCAGAUCAGCGACGCGACGAUUCUUCUAAUGGCAGAAGCUUGAAGAUGAGAAAACUGUGGGGGUGAAGAUAAGGAGAUCCACAAACAAAUCCUGCAGCCAGCCGCUACGGACCGAGAAAAAGAUUACGUCGCGAGUGCGCAAAUAUUUUAAUCAUUGUGAGAAAAGAUAAAACUAGUUCAGAAGACGAAGGUAAUUUGUUGCGAGUUUAUUCAGGGAUUAUUUCGGUUGUGGUGAUUGUACCUUAUUGUACCUAACCGUGGGAAGUUUUUGGCAGUGCGUGUAAAAUUGCGUUCAUCGAAAUUGGAGGAGCUCCGACCAUUUUUGCGUCGUGUGCAGGAAGCAGGGAUUCAAGUGAAAAUUCCAAUUGGCAGCCCGUUGCAUCUGAUCGUCGUCAGCAAGAAUAAUAAAACACGAAAUACCUACAUGAUACGGUACAGAAGGUGCGGAUAAUUUAAUACGGUUGAGAAGUGCGCAGCACCGUAAGCAAACAAUACGCAGAGUGAAAUGGAGCCAAGGUCCUCUGCAUAAGUGACAAAGUUUUGUGGAAUAGCGUGUGAACAGCGUGAGUGCGGCGGGUAGACGAGCAGCAAGUUCGCAGUUACCGGUAACGAGAACAAAAUAAUUAGUUUCGUUUUUUGGUUGAAAGAUACAAAUCAUUCAUCAAUUAAAUAAGUACGGAGGAAUCCUUGGAGCUGCAGAACAUCAUCGCGGUCAGCGCCAGCCAGAGAGUACACAGCGAAAAUGUCGAUAUCCAAUGGCAAAACAUCCUCUGACAUUGAGAAUGCGGAAUGGAAUUCGACCGGGAUGCUGACCCACACAAGGUACGGCUCCAGCAGCAGUCAGGCGUCGCAAAGCAGUGGCGAUAUCUGCCGGAUAUGCCACUGCGAAUCGGACACACACAAUCCACUCCUGACACCCUGCUACUGCUCCGGAAGUCUCAAGUUCGUGCACCAAACCUGCCUACAGCAAUGGCUGACAGCGUCGGAGACGAAUGCGUGCGAACUGUGCAAGUUCCCCUUCAUCAUGCACACCAAGAUCAAGCCGUUCAACGAGUGGCGAAGUCUGGAGAUGUCCGGGGUGGAACGGCGGCGGCUGUUCUGUGCGGUUCUGUUUCACUGUGCCGCAGCCUGUGUGAUAUGGUCCCUGUGCGUGCUCAUCGAACGGGCUGCCGAGGAGGUGCGCCGCGGACUGAUUGGGUGGCCCUUCUGGACCAAGCUGGUCGUGGUGACGGUGGGCCUGACCGGCGGGGUCGUUUUCAUGUACAUCCAGUGUAAACAGUAUUUGAACUUGUGCAACCGGUGGCGCGCUCGGAAUCGGAUUCUUCUGAUCCAGAAUGCGCCAGAAAAGAUGCACCCGCCGCAGUCUCCCGGAAUUCAGCGGUUUCCUCGUGUUCGCACGGCAGCCAUGAGCGGCGGUGUUGGUCACAACGGAAGUGGAAGUGGUGGCCCGGGCAGUAGUGCUAGCUACAAUUCCGGUAAUAACGGUGGCCCACUGCAUCGUGGUUAUCAUCAGCAGUUGAUCGGAUCCAUCGGCGGUGGACAUGCCUGCGAGCUGCAAAUAAACCAACAAGGCCAAAUCAUAGCGGCCAAUAUUGAGAACAGCUCGAUCAAUUAUGAUCGGGAUUGGACGUUGGAUGAUAUCAGCCAGAUGUCGUUCAAACCAUGUCCACAGGGAAGUGGCAGCUUAACGCCAAUGCCGUUCCACGAUUCGGCGCAUAACGUUUGCGAAGGAAGCGGCAGCGGAAGUGGUGUUGUUGUUGCCACUCAUAGGUACUCAGCGAUAUCCGGCUCAUCCAAUACGGUUCAUGAGGAGGAUCAGCUGCAGCAGCAUUCUAGUAUUAAUGAGAGAACCAAUGGCAGUUGUGGCAGUGGUAGUGCCAAAACAGCUGAUCUAAAUUUGUUCAAAAUGCCAACCGCAGAACUUAGUAAUGUUAAUAGCAGUUCCGGAGUGCUACCUUUGACAACUGGCGGAAGGUAUCCUAACUCAGCAAUAUUUUUAGAAAAUCGUGAUAUUUUAGAUGACCCUCCGUGUCAUGAUCAUGUGAUCAACAAUCCGGGGAAGCUGUAUAACCGUCGAUCAACGGUUCUUGGUAGCGGGAGUAACAGCUUCACUCAUGUAGACCCGCGGAACGAUACCCGUAGAUAUUCCGAUACCAAACUUCUUCAACAGCAAAAGCUCACAUAUGUUAGUGAACAACCUGUUGAUAACAGCCCUACCAAAGAUCAACUGUUGCUAAAUCCUAAGAGCAUCAUCUACGAUAUGACAAAUUUCUUGGGUCCAGUCGUUGCACAGGAUCAGGAAGGUAGUCCUACCAGCUCACAUCACCAGGUUCACCGACCUACGCAUCAUCGUCAUCAUCAUCACCACCACCACCGCCACGCACUAAUGGCUGGAGACAGUCCUAGCCAUCGGAUGCAAACCACCGACAUUCAAUUUGACAAUAACUGUGAUGAAGAUUCGGCUCGACCUCGAGCUACCUCAUACGAUCCCUUGGAGCUCAAUAUCCAAGAAAUGCUCGAACUCGACAUUGCCAACAUUCAGCGGCUGCACGAGAAAAAAAGCUCUCUCGGCAACAUCUCUCAGCACUCGUCCUCCUCGUACUGUCAGGACGAUCCGUCCUCACCGUGCCUCGGUCCAUCGCCUGCAAAGGUGCGUCCAACGAUUUGCGCCUCAGCCUCGAACACGCGACUGCAGCAUCAGCAAGAAGCCAUCCAAAUACAACUCCAAACGCCUCAGCAAUUGCAGUCACAGUCAGCAGAACACCAUCGUCCGAUAGAAGCACCCAGCAGCAGUCAACAAUUUAACAGUAACCGACUGAAACUGUUCAAGUCGUUGCCGAACUUGAGCGCCAGUAGUGAAAACUUGCUGCCUCCGCCGAAACGUUUCGAUUAGGUACUUUUUAUCUCGUUUGUGCCGAUGACAUAGGAUUCCCAGAUAAGACUGUAUCACAAAACGCUGAAACAUUUUGCUACAUAUUGAGCUGUAAUUUGAAACGAUAAAUAGUUAGCAAUCCCUUUUAUGUUGACAUUGAACUUUUCUAUGUUUGCAAUUUCUCUUCAUUACGAUCAGAUCCCAAUAUAUUUAGUUCCGACAUCACUUCAUUUUACUUUAAUUUAUAGUGUACAUCGAGGUGGACUUCACACUGAGCAGUACUUUUUGUUCAGUCAAAAUCUGGUCGAUUUAUCCUGUUAGAUGCGUGCUCCAUUUCUUGUACUACUCGUACACUAUAUCGAGAGUCAUUUUCUUCACAUUAUUCCGACAUUCUGGCUACACACUCGGACCACCACAAUUGGCUGAUUGAUUUCAUUUUCUAGAAAAGAAACCGUUUCAAAUUCAUCACCGCCAAUACCUUUUUAUAAUGAUCUUCUGACGUAUUGGUGACCAGUAUGGCUAUUUGCUUGGGUACUCUCUUCAGUCUAACUUAAUCGUGACCGCGUAUUAAUUUAAUUUUAUUUCAUUAAACAACAAUUAAGCUAAUUGCCUUUUUUAUUAUUUGGACAUACGACUUCCAUUUUAUCUCUAGUAAAAUUUUCUUCACCUCCCAAAUUUUGGCAAACUUGAACUUUUACAAAUUGCAUUUUUACCAUAUUUUAGAAGCACUCCUGGUAGUUCAUCAAUGCAAUCCUAGAGAUUUUAAUGUUUUUUAAUGUUGGACUUUUUAGAGUUUUAAAGCAGGAAAUAUAAUGUCCUAUGUGUAUGUUCACAAGUUUGUAGACCAUGCCGCUCUGGGAGUCUACCAAAUCGCCAUCAAUGUGCCCUCUGUUGCAUUGCCUAGUGCCUCUGGAUUACUAGUCGCUCGUUUUGUGAUGUUGGUCUAUUGGCAGACGCUUUUUUUUAAUUCGAGUUUUGUCGACAUCGUUCCAUUAAAAUCAGUGGUUACGAUACGUGCAGAUCUUUCGCGAUUACAGCUUUGAAAUAGUUCAGCCUUGUGUGUUUCAGACUUUUGUAGGACACCUGAUGAUACAAGUAAUCAAUUAUAAGACGAAUAGUUGACGCCAUUUUGUGAUAUUUUCCUCAUUAUAUUCGGGCGAUUAAUAGUCGAUCCUUUGAAUAACAAAUAAAAAUCGAUUUAAUUAAUUCCAAUAACAUGUUCGCUUGAGACGUUAUUCUUAUAGCUACCCAGUAGAAAGCAGUAGCGUAUUCAAAUUACUACAUACUCUAGAGACCAGGCAUAGAGGCAUUUUAGACAAGUGAAUGCAAAUACUACGAGAAUCGUUAGUGAUGAUGGAGAUGAUUACUAUAUACUGAUAUAAAAUAUUAUUUUCCCUGAGAUAAAAGCAGACCGAUGACGAUGGUGAUCCUCAAUUAUUGAACAAACAAAUAGAGCAUAGAAAUGAAUGGAUGAAUUGUAUGGAAAAAAGUGUUAGGAGACUGAGAGAUAUUGCAGCUUUAAAUGAGGGGUUAUGAUUGAAAAAAAAAGCGACUGAAUCGAGUGAGUGGAAAUGAAAAUGGAAUAGAAAGUGUAUGAACUCAUGACGACCGUGAGGUAUUAGUAUAAACAAUAAGAAGGACGUAACGCGUGACUUAUAUAUUAGAGAGAAUGGAUUUUAGUUGUAAAAUGAUUAAUGCAACGGUGUUACAAUAAUGCAGUUUUUAUUUCUAUUUUUUCCAUUUGGAAUAUAGAUAAUAUCAAAAAAUAUGUAAAA